AUGAGCUCUAAAAUAGUUAACGUUGCUGUUAUCGGCACUGGUGUUGUUGGCUCCGCAUUCUUGGACCAGCUUUUCGCCAUGAAAUCCAAGAUUUCUUACCAUGUCAUCAUGAUUGCCAAUGCCCAACAUGCUUUAAUCUCUAAGGACUAUUCACCAUUACAAUUGGGCUCUAAGUGGGAGUCUGAGCUUGACAAGUCGCCAGAAUCUCCUUUGGCUCUUGAAACUCUUCUCGCCUUCUUGAAGAACUCUCCUGCACCAGCUAUUUUGGUUGACAACACCUCCAACGAAGCGAUUGCCAAAUUUUAUCCUCAAUUUAUUGAGGGUGGCAUCUCCAUUGCUACUCCAAACAAGAAGGGAUUCUCUUCUGGUUUGGAAUUGUGGAACCAAAUCUUCAGUGAUAAGCCUAACGCUGGUUUAGUCUACCAUGAGGCAACUGUCGGUGCUGGUUUACCAAUCAUUGGAACCUUGAGAGAUUUGGUACAGACUGGUGACAAGGUCGAAAAGAUUGAGGGUAUUUUCAGUGGUACUCUUUCUUACAUCUUCAAUGAAUAUUCCACCACGUCUUCCAAUGAUGUCAGGUUCUCUGAUAUCGUCAAGAUCGCUAAGAAGCUCGGCUAUACUGAACCUGAUCCAAGGGAUGACUUGAAUGGACUAGACGUUGCUAGAAAGGUCACCAUCCUCGCUAGAAUCGCAGGGUUCAAGGUAGAGUCCCCAAGCUCAUUCCCAGUUCAAUCAUUGAUUCCUCAGCCGUUAGAAAGCGUGGCUACAGCUGCUGAGUUUUUGGAGAAAUUGCCUUUAUACGAUGACGAUCUGAAGAAAUUGAAAGAUGAGGCUGCAAAGGAGAACAAAGUGUUGAGAUUUGUCGGUAAGGUUGAUUUCCCUAACAACUCUGUCUCUGUUGGUAUUGAAAAGUACGAUUACGGUCACCCAUUUGCUUCUUUGAAGGGUUCUGAUAAUGUUAUUUCUAUCAAGACUGAGCGUUAUGUUAACCCAUUAGUUGUCCAAGGUGCCGGUGCCGGCUCUGCCGUUACAGCUGCUGGUGUUUUGGCAGAUGUUAUUAAGAUCGCUGAAAGAGUUUAA